AUGUGUUCAAACUAUUAUAGAAACUCAUGUGGUAGCUGUGGAUAUGGCUGUGGCUACGGUUCUGGAUAUGGCUGUGGCUAUGGUUCUGGAUAUGGCUGUGGAUGUGGCUCUGGUUGUGGCGGUGGAUAUAGCUGUGGUUACAAGAUCCAUCCACCUCUAGAAGUAUAUAAAGGUCCUGGAAGAGGGAAGGAUAUCCAGACUUCAGAAAUACCCUCCUACACUUCUACUGAAACCUCACCUCCCAACACCAUGUGUGGUAACUACUACGGAAACUCCUGCAGUGGCUGUGGCUCCGUCUGUGGAUAUGGCUGUGGCUAUGGCUCCAGCUGUGGCUGUGGAUAUGGCUCCCACUGUGGCUAUGGCUAUGGAUCUAAAUGUGGAUAUGGCUGUGGCUAUGGCUGUGGCUAUGGCUCUGGGUCCUGUGGCUACUAA